ACAUGAGCCAUUCUCACCCUGCUGGAUUACUUGCAGCAUAUAAUAGCCUUACAGAUAAACACCUGGCAGGAUAUUUCAACAAUACAAGGAUAAGGAGGCAUCUUUUAAGAUCAGGACUGAUCACAAGAAGUGGAAGAAUACGCUCUGAAAAAGAAUACAAACUAAACAUCAUGAAGCGAGAUCACCAAAAAUAUAUCCGCGAGUGUUUGGCCCAGGCUAUUUUUCAUAAAGUCCUUGAUAUGGAGCGUUACCACCAGCUUGAAAUAAAAAAGAAACUGGAGGCCAUAGCUAGGAAGGAGCGCGUUCAGAGGUUUAAGGGGGAGCCCACUAGAUGGUCUGUAGAAAAUAACAUGCCAAUCCUGUCUCCCCACCCGCCGUUUGGGCAGAAGAGUAACUGGGGCCAUAGCAUUCCGGUGGAUGAAGGGCAUUCCAGUCCAUUAACAAUGACAGCCCCAAGACCAUAUACUGCCCCGGGACAUCCGCAUCCUCCGGUGAGAUUGGGGCCUCUUCCCAGUGACCCCUUGGCUGGCUCUGUUCCAAAGAAGACCUCCAGGCUCAGAGCAAGAGCAAUGCUGCUGGAGAAGGACGCUCCAUUUCCUAUUGGGGGCCAGAAGGCACUGAUGAAGUUCAGCAGCUCCACGGACAACUCGCAGGGAACACAUCUGUAUCAACUUCCAAACAUUAACAGUUAUAUGAUGCCUAGUCCUCCACCUCCUCCCGCAGAUGGAAAAUUCACAAAGGAAAAUAGAGCUGAAACAUGGAGAAAGAGAAGACUUCGCCCCAUCACUGCUCCAAAUGGCUUAGAACCUCUCUUUACCAGGGACUCAAGAAGGAUUCCUAAAACAUCACCACAUAGCAAUGCAGUCAUUACAAUGAUCUAUUUGGGGAAAAGUGUGCACCUUGCUUAUGAUGGCUCCGACUUCGGCGAUGAAAUAAAAGUGUACCAGCAGCACUGCGGCGGGGAAAACCUCUGCGUCUACAAAGGCAGACUGCUUGAGAAAGAGACCUUUCAGUUUAUUUCCAAAAGGCACCAUGGUUUCCCCUUCAGUCUGACCUUUUUCCUGAAUGGGAUACAGGUGAACAGACUAAGCUCCUGCUGUGAGUACAAGCAUCGGAAAGGAUCCAGGCUCGGAGGCAAACGUGGCUACUUUGGGUUUGUGUGUGUCGAGAGAUCGUCGCCCUGCUACAAGUGCAUUAUUGCAAUGGGGCUUGACAAAAAACCAUCUUCAUCAAGAACCAGAAAAGAAAAUGCUGAGAAAAGAGAGGACUUAAAGAAGGAUGGAGAGAAAUUAAGGAAGGGGAAAGAGUACAUGGCACCAAGAGGGAAUGAGAUUGAAGGGAACCGAGCUUUGGGCUCAGCCAUUUUUUCUGCUCAAGAAGAAGAAACACAGGUCAGAGAAGUGAGAACUGCUGUGGAAGAAAUGGAAAGUAAAGGAAAACCGGGACAAGACAUUUGGGGGGAUGACCAGGAAAACGCAUUCAAAUAUGAAUAUGAGGAAGACUUUGAAGCAGACGAGGAGAAGCCAGACGAGAACACUAAUGAAGAAGGACAGGCGGAGGAUCAAAUGAGUGGAACGUCAAAGUCACCCUCAGAUGAUGAAAAAGACAAAUUGGACCCCGAAAAGGAGAGUGAAACUUCAUCACAGACGGCGCCAGGUGCCGAGGACAGUGUGGAAGAUGAGAGUGAUGGGUGCUCUGAUGAUGAAUUUGAAGACGAUAAGCAAGAUAGAAAAACUGCUUUAUCAAGUUCAUUCAGGAGUCACACAAAUUCAAGUUGUAGUGAAGAUGCAUCUUCAGUGGAGGACAGGGACUCUCUCACUGAAGUCAGUUCAGAACAAAGUGCUAGAAGCUCAUCGUCUCAGGAGCAGCGUGAAGAUGAUACACCAGGAAAAUCCCAUCUUCCAAUUGACACAGUGCUAGAAAUUGAAAUCGAAGACCAGGAAAUAACAAAAGCAGUUGUAGAGACCAAGCCAGCGCCAGUAGAGAAGAGCUCCAGGAGUGUGCUGGAAGAAGAGAUGGAGAAGGGGGCCCAAGGGACUGCAGAAAGCCCAUCUACGACAUCCAGGGAGCGUGUUUUCCAGGAAGAGAAAGAAAAGGCGAAGAGGAAGCUUUGGAGAGGAAGCCCUGAUAAGGAAAAGGAUGAAAAGGCAGGUGCCCCUGGGGUGGAGACAGAAGGUGAUAGGCAGAUAACAGCGGAGUCCUUGGAACCUGGCCAACACAAUCCCCCUGGUGCUGAACCGUGGACGGGCAGCACUGAGGAGGAGCGAGAGAAGCACUUGAGGAAGCUGGAGAUGGACAUACAUUCUGCACCAAAUGGGACCUCAGUGGUGGAAGGAAGGCUCGACUCAGACACGGAAUCCAAGCAGGUUGCACCACACAUGCAUACGCUGGAGACAAAGGCAACCAUAGAACCUGUUCCCCAACCCAAGGAUGCCGACACAAUAGAGGGAAAAGGGGAGAUGACCUUGGCAGGGGACAUAGAGCUUAAUGGGCAGUGGAAGGCAGCCACAGUGCAGCCAGUGUUAACAGAAGAACCCUUGACUGUGGAGAGCGAGGCCCCUCAGGAGUUGGUGGAUCUGGCAAGGGCAGCAGCUGACAGGGAUGGAAAUCUGGGUGAAGAAGGGUUAAAACCAGUAGAGGCAGAAGGAGCCAGAGCCUUUGCUUGUCUGAAUGAAGACCGGGCUCCCGUGGAGCAGGGCUCCAAACGGAGCAAGCUUGAGACUGGCAAGGCCAUGUCAGAAGGGGAUGAGGAUUCGGGGAAGCCAGGGCUGGGAAGCAGGGCAGUAGCUCAGCAUUCAGAGCUGGCUGGGGCGGUCGCGGUGUUAUUAGAGAUGCCACUGGAGAAGGGAGCAGGCCCAAGAGGGGCUGGGACUAGAGAAGCAAGGCCUGGGAAGCCAGGGGAUACAGAGUGUGAAGAGGAAGGAGGCACCCACUUCGCGAAGACAGCCCCAGGGGAACCAGCAACACCCAAGAGAGAAGAUGGCUCCGCAGAGGGAGAGGAACCCAUCAAAGGGUCAAAGGAGGCCAUAGGAAUAGAAGUAUCUCUGAGCUCCUCCAGCUCCGAGAAGACAGAUGAGCUACAUCAGAUGAGUGGGCAGGAUAGCCCUGAAGAAGGAAGGAGCGGACUUAAGAACGGCGUGGACUUGGAGACGAUUGAGACGGAGACAGCAGAUCACAAGCAAGAUGGCAGCAGAGACGUGAGGCCCAGAACCCCUCUGAGAGAAGGGGCAUCGGAGGGCAAAGAGGGGGAAAGGGUCAGUGCUUCGAAAGAGGGACCCGCGCUGCAGGAGGAAGAGGGGGCGCAAAGGAACGAACCCCCCUCUGCGGGCGAUGCCCAGCCUGCUGUCCAGGGGCUGAGCCCGGGCUCUGAUCAGGCAGACUCCAGGGCAGUGACCUUGGCCCGAGCGCGCCCAGAGGAGUCGCUCCCCGCUGGAGGAAUAGCCUUGCUGGAAGCGGAGGAGGGAUUGGAAAAGUCCCUGGGAAACACUUGGGCUCCAGGGACAGAAGGGGACCAGGAAGGGGACCAGGGGCAGGAGGGCAGAGAGGCCGAGGCUGGCAGCAGGGCAGAGAUGUCCCAGCAGGAGGCUGCAGGCCCACAAGGGGACAGACAGGGUGGGUUGGGCGUCCCUGAGAGCCAAUGGUCAGCAGAAGCACGGGUGACAAUUGUCACCUCCGGUGAGACUGAGGAGGGUGAAGUCAAAGGUCAAGAUGGCCUUGCAGACCUGGAGGGGAGGGAUAAAGAGGAAUCUCUACCGGGGCAAGAAGGCGUGAAGGACGUGACAGUGGUCAGAGGCGAUGGUCCUGCAGGAGACACCGUGGUGGCAGAAAAGUCGCUUGGAGGAGCACCGGGCGAGGCCCUGGAUGAGGCGGAGAGAGGACACCCUGUGGGCCAAGCCGUGCAGAGCAGCAGGAGCACAGCGCCGGCUGGGAACUUGGGCCAGGGGACAGCAGGUGCUCAAGCAGAUUCCAGUCAAAGAGACAGGGCAGAAAUGGCCACCGAGGAGAGGGAGGGCUUAGCAGACAGUAAGAGAGUGGAGGGGCCAGCCACAAACACAGCCGCCUCCUCGGCAGAUGUUGCAGGGGAGGAGACUUGGCAAGAGAUGGGAGGAGGAGCUGGACAAACAUCUGCCGUGGGGAUGGUGGUAGCGGAAAUAGCACUGAGCAGAGAAGAGGGGUCAACGGUGCAGGAGGCGACAGUGCCAUCAGCACCCGGGCUGGGGCUGCACACUCUGGGAGAGGCUUCCAGUCUGGAGAAGGAGCCGCCCCAGAGACAAGGAAGGGGUCCAGAGGGAGGGAAGGUGGACAGCACUCCGAGGGGAGCAGGCUCCUUGCCAGGGGAGGAG